AUGGACACAUACGAAAAACUGGAAGUACACCCGGACAUGCCACCGCCGCCUCCACCAGACCUCCCUCCACCACCGGAGAAAUCUGCGCCAUUGAUGCCUCCAAUGAAAGAACAUAAUGAAAAAUUUAAUGAACAUGAUCUUAAACCACUGCGUGCUGGCGAUGAUGUAAAUCUCUCUGAUACUCCUAAACGUCCACUGUUACCGAAGAAAGCACCACCUGCUAAACCCAUAAAAUGUAUGUGA